CUCUAGCUAUCUCCCUCCUCCAGAGACUUAGGCCUUCUCUUGCUCCUCCUGUCUUUCAAAAGUCAUGGCCAAGGGUCUUGCUGACUCGGCUCCAUUAUCAAAGAUGGCAAUCUCCAAAGCUCAUGGAGAGGAUUCCCCAUAUUUUGCUGGAUGGAAAGCUUAUGAUGAGAAUCCUUAUGAUCCUAUCAACAACCCUUCAGGAGUAAUUCAAAUGGGGUUGGCAGAAAACCAAGUUUCAUUUGACUUGCUGGAAGAGUACUUAACUCAGCAUCCAGAAGCAGCAAGCUGGGGAUCGGGCAUCUCCGGCUUCAGAGAGAAUGCCUUGUUUCAAGACUACCAUGGGCUCCAAGAUUUCAGAAAGGCAAUGGCAAGUUUCAUGGAGAAAAUAAGAGGAGGAAGGGCGAAAAUUGACCCUGAACGCAUCAUUCUCACUGCAGGAGCAACCGCCGCCAACGAGCUUCUCACCUUCAUCCUCGCUAACCCUGGCGACGCCUUGCUCAUUCCUACUCCCUAUUAUCCAGGGUUCGACAGAGAUCUUCGAUGGAGAACAGGUGUCAACAUAAUUCCAGUCCACUGCGACAGCUCCAACGACUUCCAAAUCACUCUCGAAGCCCUCGAAGAUGCAUACAGCGAAGCAAAACUUGCAAACAUCACAGUCAAAGGACUUCUCCUCACAAACCCUUCGAAUCCCUUAGGCAAGGCGAUCUCGAGGCCAAUUCUUGAAGAUGCGUUCGACUUUGCAAUUGCGAAGAACAUCCACCUUAUCUCCGAUGAGAUUUACUCAGGCUCAGUCUUCUCCUCGUCAGAAUUUGUCAGUGUAGCCGAAAUCCUAGAAGCCCGGGGUUUCGACAAUGCAGAGAGGGUCCACAUUGUGUACAGUCUCUCCAAAGAUCUUGGGCUUCCAGGUUUCAGAGUUGGCACAGUAUACUCUUAUAAUGAUAGAGUUGUGACGACUGCGAGGAGAAUGUCAAGCUUCACACUCAUCUCAUCUCAAACACAGAAAAUGCUUGCAUCAAUGCUAUCUGAUGAUACUUUCACUGAGAAAUACAUAAAGACUAACAGAGAUAGAUUGAGGAAGAGGCAAAAGUUCAUAGUUGAAGGAUUGAAGAGUGCAGGGAUUGAAUGCUUGCAAGGGAAUGCAGGGUUAUUCUGCUGGAUGAAUCUUGGUCCCUUGCUUGAUGAGCCAACAAUUGAAGGGGAGCUAAAGGUAUGGGAUUUGAUGGUGAAUGAGGUGAGGCUUAAUAUAUCACCAGGGUCUUCAUGCCAUUGCUCUGAAGCUGGAUGGUUUAGGGUUUGCUUUGCUAACAUGAGCCAGCAGACAUUGGAGGUUGCAUUGAGAAGGAUAAAGACUUUUGUUAGGAAGAGGACAAGAGAUGGGAGGUUUUAUUUGAAUUAGGGGGAUUUGGGUUUUUCUAGCUAGUAUUUGAUUCUUUGUUGUUAGAUCAUAAGUACACAUGUUUGUGUUGAGGUUGGGUUGUUUCCUCGAAGUACUUUGAAUGGAUGUAAGUUGAGGGAAUUUUGAUACAUAUACACCAAAAAGAAAUAAGAAAAUCUUGUUUUUCUAGUUGUA